UGCUCCCUCCGUGAGCGUCGUCGUCUAACUUGGUCACAGAUCUUGUAAGCUUGGCUUGGUGUAAGCAGAGAUAUGGAUACUACAAAGAAGUAGGCCAAGUCAUCUUAGAUCUGAGAAGGUCAAAGAAGAAGGGACACGGGACGAUUUGGAAUGGAUUGCUCUUACGUAGCUACAAUUCCAUUCGUGUUUGACAGCUGACUGUGGACUGUUUUACUGCAGCUUGAUCAAAUCGUUGACUUCUGUUUAGAACAUCUACUUUCGAGUUGGUCAGUUUAUGAGCUCUUGGAUUGAAAUGGACUUGACACAUUUUUGGAUUUGACGAGGAAAGGUUACUGUUUAAAGCAAUACAGAACAAUGAAUUCCCUGACUUGCGAGAUAAACGGCUUCUCUAAAAAUAGACUGAAAAAGCAGAGCACGCGGGUAACCACUGUAACCGGGCGGCGGCUGAUUGAGACCCGGGGUAAGGACGGGGACGUUCAGCAGGUCGAAGAGCCAUCGGAUGCAGCCUUCGGAUUCGUUGAAGAUAGCUGCUUGGACCUGCAAGUCGGGGUCGUCCGGCCAUUUCUGUUGCUUUCCUCUCAGGAUGCUGCACAUGACCUGGAUGUUCUGAGGAAGUUCAAGGUGACCCAUGUCCUGAAUGUAGCCUACGGUGUGGCCAACCCCUUCCCCCACCUCCUCCACUACAGGACCGUCACCCUGUUGGACCUCCCAGACACAGACAUCACCUCCUACUUCCCGGAAGGCUGUGCGUUCAUAGAGGAGGCCAGGGCAGAGGAAGGCGUGGUCCUGGUUCACUGUAACGCCGGAGUGUCACGCUCUUCCUCCAUGGUGAUAGGCUACCUCAUGACAAGGGAGGGGCUAGCAUUCGAUGAUGCCUUCAGCCAAGUGAAGGCUGCCAGGCCGUCUAUCUGCCCCAACCCAGGCUUCCUCCUGCAGCUGAAGAACUACGACCCCCAGGCUUCCACUAGCAGCUAAAUAACUCUAAGCUAAGGAACUAGGCUUCUGACAGCAGCUCCAAUACCCAGGCUUUCUUGGUGAAAACUCCCAAUUCCCUAGAACAGCUGAGGAAUUGAAGACAAACAUUACAUUUACAUUUUCUUUUGUUUGUAUCUGUUUUAUAAGAAAAGUUUACUAAGUGCCAAAUAAAUUAAGAUUUAUAUAAUAAAUAAAUGCUGUUCCUGAGGUGAAUUCUGUGUCUUCUACCCUUCAACUGAGAAUGAGUGGAUUCCCCCCCAAAAAAUAUUCCUAUGCUGUUUAGCCACCAGAUGGUGCCCUCACCAUUCUUCAGUCAGGUGUCUUAACGAUGAGACGUUAACUGAAUGAAAUGUGUUUUCACUGUGUUUGGUUUGCUGCACCAGUUAUGUAUUAGGUUGAGGUACCAUUCUGUGGGAAAGUAAAUCAAAUCUAACUUUAUUUAUAUAGCACAUUUCAUACCAGAAGGCAACACAAUGUGCUUCACAGAGGCGAAUGCAAACACACAUUUUUCAGAGGGAAGCAAAAAAACAGAUCACCCAUGUAUUGAGUCCUAAAAGCUCUCAGGAACAGGGCUCAACGUGGUUUUUGGUCUGAUGUCUAACGUGUGGAUGGGCAGUAAGCUGGAUGUUUCUCUGACGGCGAGGGUCAGUUGUGGGGUAGUUGUGUUCUGGUUUCAUGUGAGGAUGUCUGAAAACAGACCACAGUCUACUCCCACCACCCAUUGUUUCAAUGAUUAUACUGUCUCCACAUCUGAUUUUCUCCCCCAUCUUUCAGCCUUAUAUCAGUCUUUCUACCCUUCUUUCUCUCCCUAACCGCUUGGUUCCAGGAGCUGAGAGUCGUUAGCAAAAACCUAAUGACUCGUAGGAACAGAGGGAUUUCAUGAUUUGAGACCGGCUUUGAGACUAUCACCUCACCGCCUCUCUCCCCCUCUGUCUCAAUUUCUCUCUGCCUCUCACUUUGUCUGUUUCGGUUCUCUUUCUCUCCUUCCAUCAUUCCCUCUUUUGCUCCAUCUGUCUGUCUCUCUGUAUUAUUACCUGUCUCUCCAUCUCUGUCUCUCUGUAUUUAUUACCUGUCUCUCCAUCUCUCUCUCUCCCCAUCUUGCUCUGUAUUUAGCUAUCCACUCAGAAUAUGCAAGUUCUAGUAGUUCUGUUAUUCUUUGUAGUAAUAGUGCUAACCCUAAGUACUGGGUUUACUAUACUAUUAAUGUAACCACACAGAACUAUUAGUACUAGUAAUGUUAUUUGUACUGGUAUCAGUAAUAGAAGUAGUAGUGUUGGUAGUAUUAGUUGUAACAGGGAUAGUGAUAUGAGUAGUAUUCCUGCUGUCUGUAUCCUGUCAGGAAAAGGGUAGAAAUAACUGCAGAGCAGUAUUUCUGAGAGAAUGAUGGAUGAGACUGUCUUAAGAUAGAAAUUGACAAAGACUUCAGUCACCAAAGUGUGUGUUUCCUGUUUUGUGGAUUCUGGACACGGGACCAUGGUCAGGAGAAAAACACCACCCUGCUCUCCGCAGACCACACACACACACACAUAUAGUGUAACAUGACAUCGAAGUGGCCUGUGCUAUUUCAUCCUUCAGUAACUCUGUUGAUUGAAUUUCAGACUUGUUGUGUUGUUUCCUGUUUCCCCUCUCCUCUGGUUCUCUUCUCUGCUUCUCCCCAUUCCUUCUGUCUUCUGUCAAACCAUCUUUUCUUCUCUUCUCUCCUCCCUUCUUCUUUCCUGCACAUGGUUUGUUUACACCUGAAUUGACUUGACCCAGUUGUCACCUUGGCAACCCAGUCUCCAGGAGCACUAACACUUUUUCCCUGAUUAUUCCAAUGUAGCUCUUUCCACCUUCUUCACUGUCUGCCUCAGGGCCUGCUUCUGAAAUCCUUACUGCUUGUUUUGCCGUCUACUUACUGCCUUCUGGUCUGUUAACUCUACCGCCUGCUUCCCUGUGUUGUGUGUGUGUUUGUGUAUGGGUGUGUGUAUUAGUGGUGAUUGGGGUCUGUUGGAGCAUGCUUUGUAGCUCCAUCGUGAUUUGACCAGUGACAGGUAGGGGAUGGCGGGGGAGGGUGUCUAGGAAAUAGCCAAUCGAAGAGCUGAUUGAUGAACGUGUGCAAUAGACUGGAAUGCAUCAGCACCUUCCUCCCUUGGAACUAGGAAGUGGGAGUGAGAGAGAGACAGGGAGAGGGAGUUGAG